CAAUCCCAACACCACCCCAAAACAGCAGAAAUGGCGCACCCCCUCAACCCCACCACCUCUGCCGCUCCCUCGAAUCCUCCUCCCCCCUCCUCCUCCUCCGAACCUACAUCCACAUCUACCUCGGCAUCCAAAAAGCGCAAGCGCUCCUCCCAAAACCCAAAAGAAUCCCACCUCCUCCACGCCUCCACCCUCCGCAACCCGCUCUGGACCUACCUCCACCUGGCCUUCCUCCCCGCUGGCCCGCCCCCCGCCUCUUCCGCCCCUCCUACCCCUAACAACCAGCCAGAGGACCUCGACCCCCUCACCGCGCGCACGCACCUCACGGCCCCGCUGGCGCAGUUCCUAGGCACGCACGGCGCGAGUGUGAGUAUCGAGAUCUUGAAGAUCGAGGGCCGGGAGGUGUGGAUCCGGGUGCCGCGGGAGGAUGGGAAGGUGGUGGGCGCGGGGCUGGCGGGGUGGGUAGGCAAGGCCGGGGCGUGGAGGGUGGUGGGGCGGGGGGAGUGGUUGGGGAGGUUGAUAGGAGAUAGGGAG